CUCGCGCCUCGCCUUUAUAUUACUAGUAAGAAGAUCUCAUCCCUCCUUGGUGAGGUGAGGUGAGUUGAGUUGGGGAUUGAUUGAUUGAUUCGGAUUGGGAAGAAGAAGAAGCAGGGGAGCAUGGGCAGCAAGUCGUACCCGACGGUGAGCGAUGAGUACCUGGCGGCCGUGGGCAAGGCGAAGCGCAAGCUCCGCGGCCUCAUCGCCGAGAAGAACUGCGCCCCACUCAUGCUCCGCCUCGCGUGGCACUCUGCUGGCACCUUCGAUGUGUCGUCGAGGACCGGCGGGCCCUUCGGCACCAUGAAGAACCCCGGCGAGCAGUCCCACGCCGCCAACGCCGGCCUCGACAUCGCCGUCAGGCUUCUCGACCCCAUCAAGGACCAACUUCCCAUCCUCUCCUACGCCGACUUCUACCAGCUUGCUGGCGUUGUGGCCGUCGAGGUCACCGGCGGACCUGAGGUCCCCUUCCAUCCGGGCAGGCAGGACAAGCCUGAGCCUCCUCCUGAAGGCCGUCUUCCUGAUGCCACACAAGGUUCUGACCACCUAAGGCAGGUCUUUUCUGCGCAGAUGGGUUUGAGUGACAAGGACAUAGUUGCUCUUUCUGGUGGUCACACCCUGGGAAGAUGCCACAAGGAGAGAUCUGGCUUUGAGGGAGCCUGGACGUCCAACCCUUUGAUCUUUGACAACUCUUACUUCACCGAGCUUGUGAGUGGCGAGAAGGAAGGCCUUCUUCAGCUGCCAAGUGACAAAGCCCUCAUGGCUGACCCAGCCUUCCGUCCACUGGUGGAGAAAUAUGCUGCGGAUGAGGACGCCUUCUUUGCGGAUUACGCCGAGGCCCACCUCAAGCUCUCUGAACUGGGAUUUGCUGAGGAAUAAGAAGCCUUUAGAGAGCGGGAUAUCCGCAAAAGAUUAAUGCCGAUUUGUAUUUUGCGCCUUAGAGUCAGUACGAUCAAGACUGUCGUGGCGGUUGUAAUAAAAAUUAGUGUGCUUUGGGCCAUCUUUUUAUGUGAUUCCAAUUGUCUUUCUCUUCAUUCUUGCUUUGAUGCUCUUUGUCUGGACCUCUAGACCGCCGUAUUGUACUGUGGAGUUUCAAAGUUACCAAGCUAUUUGCUGUCAAGAUAACUAUGGAUUGAAUUCCCCUUGAUGGAUGAACCAAC